AUGUUCGACUCAGAGAAGGGUAGCGCCCAGAAAGGGUCUGAAACGGGUUCGACCAAUGUACCGACUGCGCCUUCAUACCACCGAGGCUCAAUAGAAGUGACCGACGAUAAGGAGAUCUCUAGCUUCUAUGGCAGCGCCGUAAGUGAGUCUUACAGGCUCAAGUCUGAAUUGAUAGCCGAGCAUCUGCUUGGUAUUGGCAUGGGAAAGUUCCAAUGGCUCCUAUUCAUCGUGUCCGGAUGUGGUUGGGCAGUCGACAACUUCUUUUCUCAAGGCCUCACCGCUGCCCGACCAGCUGCCGUAAACGAGUUCUCCGACGUUGUGAGCCCUAGUUUCAGCUCCGUAGCAUAUUACGUUGGACUUAUUGUCGGUGCGACCUUUUGGAGUUUGAGCGCCGAUGUAGUCGGACGAAAGUUUGCUUUCAAUGCUACCACACUCACUGGUGGUAUCUUUGCCUGCGCCGUGGCUGGAACACAGAAUUUCACUGCCUUCAGUGCUAUCUGGGCCAUGAUUGGUACUGCCGCUGGUGGUAACGUUCCUGUCGACAGCAUUGUCUUUCUGGAGUUUGUCCCGUCAACCUACCAAUGGCUCCUGGUAAGCUUGUCUGCUUGGUGGAACUUUGGACAAGUUGUGGUCGCGCUCUUGUCUUGGGUAUUUCUAAGCUAUUACGCCUGUCCAGACAGCACGUCAUGCACCAUGAAGGACAACAUGGGCUGGCGCUACUUGAUGAUUACGCUGGGUGCUAUCGCUCUUGCCUUCGGUCUGCUGCGAAUCUUUAUCUUCAAAAUCCCCGAGUCACCCAAGUUUCUCCUUUCCAAAGGACGAGACGCCGAAGCGGUAGAAGCCGUCAACUACAUUGCGCGAUAUAAUGGAAAGCCCGAGACCUUGACUUUGGAGAUGUUGCAAGCGAUCGAUGCGCGCGUUGGCUCCCAAGUGCCGACCACACCAGGUGCUGGUCUCGGCUACAUGCAGAUAAUGAAGGACAGCUUCAAGGACUAUGACAUUACCAGCGUGAAAGCACUGUUUUCUGGUCGCAAGAUGGCGCAGCACAGCACUGUCACCUUUGUCAUAUGGCUCACGAUUGGCAUUGCUUAUCCACUAUACUUUAACUUCAUUACGUCUUAUCUUCAGGCAAACUCCAAUUAUACUACCGACUCCUCACUUAGCUAUACAUACAAGAUCUACUGCAUUGUUUCAGCGGUGGGCGUGCUGGGACCCUUGGCCGCUGGGUUCAUGGUUGAGACCCGAUUUGGAAGACGAUGGAUGAUGGCCAUAUCCGCAGUUUUGACGGGCGUGUUCUUGUUCUGCUACACGACAGUCAGAUCAGAAAUCUCUGAUGUUGCUUUUCAAUGCGUCACUGGAAUCUUGGGUAACUUUGAAUACGCUGUGAUGUUCGCAUUUACACCAGAGUCAUUCCCAGGCCCUGUGCGAGGUACUGGAACAGGACUCGCUGCAUCUCUGCUGCGAUUCGGUGGACUUAUUGCCUCACUCAUCUCGAUUUAUGGUGGUGGCUAUACUGUCGUCCCAAUCUAUGUUUCAGCGGCACUAUGGAUCGUGGUUGGAUUCUUCUGCUUGGCUCUACCUUAUGAGACUCAUGGUCAUGCAUCUAUCUAG